AUGUGGAAAAGCAAGGAGCAAUUUUCCAUGUAUGUAAAUGCACGAUGCUCAAAACAUUUUCCUAAGAGAUUUGUUGAGUGUUCUACAUUUAAUGACGAUGGUUAUCCGGUAUAUAGACGGAGAGACAACGGCAGUAUAGUUACAACGAACGGGAUCGUGUUGGACAACAGAUAUGUGGUAACUCACAAUAGACAUUUAGUACUUAAGUACAAGGCUCAUAUAAAUGUCGAGUGGUGCAACCAGUCACGCUCAAUCAAGUACCUGUUCAAGUAUGUUAACAAGGGUCAUGAUCGGGUAACAGCCGAAUUCUACAAAACAAGCAAUGAUGAAGAGAAUGGAAAAGUCAUAGAUGAGAUUAAUAUGUACUAUGACUGUAGGUACAUAUCCCCAUGUGAAGUGGUUUGGCGUUUGUUUGAUUUUGAUAUACAGCUUAGGGCUCCUUCAGUGGAAAGGUUAAGCUUUCACCUUCCUAAUCAACAGAGUGUGGUCUUUGCAGAUGAUGAUCCUGUUGAGAACAUUGUUAAUAGACCCACUAUAGCACAUUGCAUGUUAUUGGAAUGGUUUGAGGCGAAUAAGACAUUCCCAGAUGCAAGAGAGCUUACUUAUGUUGAGAUGCUAACAAGAUUCGUUUCGAAGAAAGACCUUAGAAAAUGGCAGCCACGAAAAAAGGAUACCAGGACUGUAAACGGUGUCCACUAUGACUCAUUUCGAAAUGCGUGUUAUGCAAGAGGUUUAGUUGAUGAUGAUAACGAAUAUGUUGAUGCAAUAGAUGAAGCCAGUCAUUGGGCGUCAGGAGAUCAGUUGAGGAGAUUAUUUGUUACAUUGCUAAUGAGCAGUUGCAUGGAUUUUGUGUUGACCGAAUCUCACAAGAUGAGCUUUGCUUUAGUUGAUAUUGAAAAGCUGUUAUCUAUUCAUGGUAAGAGUUUGAAGGACUAUCCUGAAAUGCCUACGACAAAUUUUGCGACCUUAAAUGUUAUAUCAAACAGGUUUAUACAAGAAGAAUUAUCAUGUGACUCUGUGGAUCAGGAGAAAGAGAACCAGGAAUUGGUAAGGCAGUUAACCGAAGAGCAAAAAGUCAUAUACAAUGAGGUGUUAACCGAUAUUGAUCUCCAAGUUGGCGGGUUAUUCUUCGUUUAUGGUUAUGGAGGGACUGAUUCCAUUUGCAACAUAAGUCACGGCAGUCCAUUAGCAGAGCUUAUUGUGCAAAGCAGGUUGAUAAUAUGGGAUGAAGCUCCAAUGAUGCACAAAUUUUGUUUUGAAGCCGUAGAUCGAACUAUGAGGGAUUUGUUGCGCUUCAAAAAUCCAAGGAGUUAUGAAAUGACAUUUGGUGGUAAAACAGUUGUUUUUGGUGGCGAUUCCAGGCAGAUUCUACCAGUAAUUUCGAAGGGUACCAGACAGGAUAUUGUCCGGGCGAGCAUUAGUUCCUCAUAUCUUUGGAAAUCCUGCAAAGUAUUUAGGCUAACUAAGACUCUGCGCCUAAGAAGUGUACAAUCACAAAUUGAGGGUAAAGAGAUCGAGGAGUUUGCAAAAUGGAUAGCUAAUAUAGGUGACAGAACUGUUGGUAAUCCACGUGAUGGUGAGUCAGAUAUUACAGCUCCAGAACAUUUAUUGCUGAAGUGCGAGGAUGACCCUAUUGCUACAAUUGUUGAUAGCACCUUCCCUCAUUUUAGACUAGGGAUUGGCGAUCUGUCAUAUCUUAAUGAUAGUGCUAUUUUGGCUAUAACAUUGGAUGUGGUAGAUAGCAUUAACCAAUACAUGAAUGAUCAUAAUCCGAUUGAGAGUAAGACUUACUUGAGUUGUGAUUCUGUUUGUAAGUCAAAUUCAAAUGUUGAUAUGUUAGCAGAUUUGCACACUCCCGAAUUCUUGAAUGGCCUGAGAUGUUCUGGAGUACCAAAUCAUGCUUUGACAUUUAAAGUUGGGUCACUUGUUAUGCUCUUGAGAAAUAUUGAUCACACACUAGGAUUAUGCAACGGUACAAGGUUGAUUGUUACUAGGUUAGCUGAUCACGUGUUGGAAGGCAAGAUCACGUGCGGUACAAAUGCAGGAACAAGAGUAGCCGUGCAUCGCAUGGGUUCAACAAAAAGAGUCUUCAACAAUGUCUAA